UCAAAGACUUGCAGAGAACCUGCCCAGUUUCCAAAGACCCCAGGAGGAUUAUAAAUGACCCCAGAAGGCUUGCAAAGAAUCUCAAGGUUUGCAAAGACUCUGUCCAGUUUCCCAACAUUCCAGAAGGCUUGCAAAGACCCUUGGAAGCUUGCAAUGACACCAGAAGGCUUUCAAAGAACCCCAAAGCCACGCUAAGACCCUCCCUUUCCUGGGAAGGCUGGAAAGACCCCAGUCUCCUUCCACAUAAAUUUCUCAAAGGCAAAAACCAGUCCAGCAGCAAACAUAACCCUUUGAGCAGUUGACCCUGGCUAGCAACCCAGCCACCCUCCUCCAUUUUUGCCCCAAAUCAGGACUUUCCCCAAAACUCCAAUAGCCUGGAUGCUCCUUGGUGUUCAUGUGGUCCUCCUUCCAUGUCUCCAUAUGUCAUCACUCUAGGGAUAUAAAUACAUCUAUCUCUACAUAAAGUCACAGAAAACCAGUGAGCAGCUGGAAAUUCUCCCAACGACUUAACUGCAAGUGAGGGGGUGAUCCUGGGGUCUCUGCACACAAUGAGAGGUGUUUGGGGUUGUUUUCUUAAUAAGAAAGCACAUUCAUUUUUGCAUGUGCAAAAAAGAGCAGCAAAAUCCUUUUGUAAAAUCCUUGCUUGCUCAGGUCAUGGGAAAAAUGAAAUAAAAGGAACUCACUUCAGAUGGGAAACUGGAUUUAAGCUCAUUUCCUAUGGCCAGGUCAUGGAGAGAGAAGAGAGCUAAAAAAGAAAAGCCCAAAAGCAAUGCAAAAAGGGCAGAUCAAACCAACCCUUUCUGCUCCUUGCUCUCUAAUUGCUUACAGCAGGUUCUUCCAAAAUCUGGGGCAGAAGGUUGGUUUCCAACAUGAAUAUUCAGCUCAGGGAUGAAAACGCCCACGUGGGCUGUCGGCAUGGGCCUGGCCACGGCGCCGAGCCGGGCAAAGGGACGCGAGCCAAAAGCAAGCAGGGCAGCGCCCUGCUCUAGCCUUGGGGUUGGUAAAUUUUGUGUCUUCCUCCCUAAUAUUUUCCCUAGAGAGCAGGAAGGAGUGUAGGAGGCAGAGAAGCUUGCAAACCCCAAUGUGCUGCUGCAAAAAAUGCCUCCAAGGUCAUCUUGCAUUCACCCUGUUGAGAGGAUUGUCCCAUUUUGGUGCACAGGACUGGGAGUGGGGUGGCACCAAGCCAGCUGCCCUCCCCCUCCAUCCCUUCCCUCCCUCCUAAGAUCACUUUCCUGUAGAUCUGGAGGGUCCUGUAUUGGGGUGAGGGCUUCAUAGUCAGCAUCACAAGCAUUGAGUGUUCUGAAGGUGGAUUGAUUCGUUCUGGGUGGUUGGUCGAGGAAGGGAGGAAGACACUCUGUGCAGCGUACCCAUCACCGGGGCAUCCCGGCAGCGAGAUGCCACGGGAGCGCACACUGCGGCUGCAGCCUGGGAGCCGCAUCCACACACUGUGUGUGCUGGGCACUCACAUCGCCACCGACGUCUACGGGGCAGCCCCAGCCGGGGCAGUCGCCUUUGGGGUGAAGCACACAGAGGGGGUGAACGUGGAGGUGGCUUUUCAGGGCCAAGCUGAACCAGGACUACUGCCUGGUGUGUCGCAUUGGCCACUGAAUGAGGGAACAAUGCUGAGGUUCAGCAUAAGCCGGGCCAGCACUGAAGUCAAUGACAAUAAGGUAAUUGUCAUCUUCUAUGCAGAGGGAGGACAGCCCAUUGACCAAGCCAGGAUCUUCCUCACUGGUAUUGGGAUCUCCCUGGACGUCGAUGCAGAUCGAGAUGGCGUGGUGGAAAAGAACAAUCCCAACAAGGCCAGCUGGAUGUGGGGACCUGAGGGACAUGGGGCCAUCCUGCUGGUCACCUGCGACAGGGACAGCCCCUUGAGCCCUGCCCCAGACUGUGAUGACGAAAGGGUAUUCAGCAAAGAAGAUUUGCUGGAUAUGUCUCGGAUGGUGUUGCGGAUCGAAGGGCCACAGCAUCUGCCCCGAGGGUAUGAAAUUAUGCUCUACGUUCACAUGUCUGAUGCUGACAAAGUUGGGGUCUUCCAUAUGCAGAACCCGUUCUUUGGGCAGCACUAUGUCCAUGUGCUGGGCAGGAGGAAGCUGUGCCACAUUGUGCAGUAUACCGGUGGAGCUGCCGAGCUCGAGUUCUUCGUUGAGGGGCUGCAGUUUCCUGAUGAGACUUUCCCUGGGCUGAUCUCCAUCCACGUCAGCCUCUUGGAGACCUUGGCUGAGGGAAUCCCCUUGUCGCCAAUUUUCACUGACACAGUGGUGUUCAGGGUAGCACCAUGGAUCAUGAUGCCCAACACACUGGCACCGGAGAAUGUCUUUGUCUGCAGUGUGAAGGACAACUACCUCUACAUCAAGGAGAUCAAAAACCUCGUCAACAAGGCUGGCUGUGACCUGAAGGUUUGCUUUGGUUACAUCAACCGUGGGGACCGCUGGAUGCAGGAUGAGAUCGAGUUUGGCUACACCCAGGCUCCCCACAAAAGCUUUGCAGUGGUGCUGGACUCCCCCCAGGACACAGGGCUGGAGCAAUUCCCCAUAAAGGAGCUGCUGGGACCUGAUUUUGGCUAUGUACGCAGAGAGCCUCUCUUCAAGGCCAUCUCCAGCCUUGACUCCUUUGGCAAUUUGGAGGUCAGCCCGCCUGUCACUGCUGCAGGGAAAGAGUACCCGCUGGGAAGGAUCCUCAUUGGCAGCAGCUUCCCCAUCCCUGCAGGAAGGAGAAUGACCAGAGUGGUACGGGAUUUCCUCUUCGCCCAGCAGGUGCAGGCUCCCGUGGAACUCUUCUCCGACUGGUUGGCCAUGGGCCAUGUCAAUGAGUUUGUCACUUUUGUGCCCAGCUCUGAUGCAAAGCGAUUUCGAAUGCUGAUGGCUAGCCCUGCAGCAUGCUACAAGCUCUUUCGGCAGAAGCAGAAGGAGGGCCAAGGUGAAGCUACCAUGUUCAAAGGGUAUUCAGGGACAGACACAAAACGGGUGACCAUUAACAAGGUCCUUUCCAAUGGCAUCAUGAUGCAGCAGAAUCAGUAUGUCCAGCGCUGCAUUGACUGGAACAGGGACAUCCUCAAGAAAGAACUGGGCUUGACAGAAGAGGACAUCAUUGACCUGCCAGCCCUCUUCAAGCUCGACAAGGGCAAGGCCAUGCCAUACUUUCCCAACAUGGUCCCCAUGCUCAUCCUGUCCGAGGAGCUGGGCAUCCCCAAGCCCUUCGGCCCGCUGGUGGGAGGUGAGUGCUGCUUGGAGCACCACGUGCGCAGCCUCCUGGAGCCGCUGGGCCUGAGGUGCCGCUUCCUGGAGGACAUUUCCUCCUACCACGGGCGGCUCGGCGAGGUGCACUGCGGCACCAACGUCCACCGCCGGCCCUUUGCCUUCCGCUGGUGGCACGUCACACCUUAAGCAGGCUGCCUCCAUGGCCCACUUUGUUAGCAUGUGUUGUUUUAAAUGCGGUGAAAUAAUAAAUUUGCUGUGAGAAAUGAGGUGGGGAGUGUUUUAUAAUGGUGAGAACGGUGAGAGGAGCGCUCCGGGUGGCACUGAGGUGAGGGUGCCAUUUUGGGCCUUGCACUUCCAUUUUGCUGGCUGAGCACUGAGGCCUUGACACCUCCUCUGUAAAAAAAAAUGAGGAUAGGGAUCACCUCUGAGUAUGAGGAGGGACGCAGCGGUCUGCCAGCUCCCGAAAAUGAGGGGAUCCAGGCGUG